CCAAACCCUCUUGAAAGUAGCAGUGUGAUCGGCGAAGAAAUUGAAACGCUGGAUUAUACCUGAGAAAAUGUUCUUGCAAAAUAUACUUGUCGUGACUUCUGUCAACAUGGUUGAGCUCAAACGUCUUACAAUCUUGAACUAGGGUCUGUCUCCAUUAUGGCGGCCGCUUCGAGCUCUUCUAACAACGCCCCCGGGGCGGGCGUCCUGGCGCUUCUUGGCGACGGCGGGGACUUUGGGGAAAAUGACCGACCCAAGGAGAAUGAGAACAAAAAAGCAGGCGACGACUUGUUCGACGGUCUGCAAUUCGAAGAGGAUGAAGAUGACGAGGACGACGAGGACUUGAAGCUGUUCCGCGAUGAAGGUGAGCAAGUGCCUGCGCACGCCGCUUUCAAUUCGCUGUUUCUCCCGGUUGCCGUGCCCAACUGUGCAGAGGAGAAUCAAACGGGAUCGAAAUUCAUCAUUCAUCUGCACAAUUUUCUCAGAAGCCAGUAUCCGCUGGACAUGGUGAAGAUGCGACUGAACAACAGGGGUAUGCAAAAAUUGUUUCAGAAGCAAAGAAGCGCAGCAGAGGAAGACUACGAGUUCAAAGAAACGCAAGCUGCAUUUUUUCUGUACAAGUUUGUUUCCCACAACAGGAGAAGCAAAAUGAAUGUCCAGCAGGUCAGCUCAGAACUAGAAAAGCUAAGUACCGGAAAACGUUGCGUCAAAGACCCCGCGGUUGCUUUUUGGAUCAAAAGUCAAAACGCAGUACUCUUUAUUGAGCGCCCGCACGCACAGCAUGCUCUCGUCAGCUCCUGGGGAUUGCAGUGCCAUCAUUCGGAGGUCAUGAAUGCGGAGCGGUGCUUCAUGACCUUACCAGAAGUGCGGGCUGCUGCCGCUCCUGCUACUCUGGGGCAGGCCUUUGCAGAGCAGAUUGUGGAGUUGGCGAACAACGAUGAGCCUUUAGCGUACCCGAAGCAGGGAAAGGCGCUGCGCACCGUCAGGGAGGACGACGCUGGCGCGACGCGUGUGGGACGUGGUGAAAGUACCACUGUCCCUCAGCCUGUGUUCGUGACGCAGUUUCUGCCUGCCGUUAUGGGAAUGCAGACCCAGCGAAUUCGGCGAAUGGGUGGCCUUGUGGGCAGCGCGGAUAACUCGGCGGAUGAUGACAUGAUGGAAAUCGACGGGGACCCUCCGCAGCAGUCCGCAGCGUCCUCAUCCUCCAGCUCAAAACAGGCAAACCAGAAGCCGCCUGGGAAUGCACCUGAGUCACAGAAGAAGAACCCCUCGAGUGCGGCAGCAUCCUCUUCGAAAGCAAUCGAAGUCCUUGCAGCGGGGGGCGGUGUCGGGACGCAGACGAAUAAAGACUACGUACCACUGCGGAAAAAAGUUCGAGACCAAGUACAGGGAAGUUUCAAUGCGCGACCGUGGCGGCGAUCCGCAGGUAUGGUCGCAACAAAGACCGCCUUGCACUUUUUCGCGCACCAAGUUCUGAAGGAUCCCACCGUCUUCAAGCGCAUUUGGUUGCAGUUUCUCGCUUUCACAUUGCGUUCAGUAGUUGAUUGUGGCCGCAACCAACUCCUUCGAAUCCGCGUCUCGAGCAUACUGGAAGCAGCGCGCAAGAUUCAGCAUCGGGAAGCGAAGCUUGGCGCUGAUGUCGUGACCCUAUUGACUGACCGAGGUAUACUAUCUAUGUUUGUUGUUCGGUGCCCGGACUUCUGCAUCUCCAUUGCAUGCGCCAUGUAAUUUAGGUGUUUUGGAAUAGCAAAAACACAUCAACAACAACAUUUUUAUUGAAAAUUGGAAAACUCACACAGAGCGGCGCAAGAUCCGCGAUGCUGUUACCAAAGCGGUGAUACUAGUGCAGGAGGACGACAUGCGACUAACCAAAUCCCCAUCCACGUGUGCGGUGCAUUUGUCUGCUGCAGAAGUCGCUCGCGAUCAGACCCACGAGCUACGAAACAGCAAGGCCGAGCUUGGGCUGCUUUGUGUGGAGUGCGACGCGACAGAGGCGUACAGUCGCGGAAGCGCCGCUUCUGACCAGAUUGAGGACGAAGACGAAGUGGAAACGCCGGGGACAGCAACAAGCCGGCAUUAUCGAAACUAUUCGUACAAGACGAAGAUCUCCAGUAUGCCCAACGCAUCUACCCUCGCUCUACACUUUCGCCACAUGCAAGUGCUCGUAGCAAAAUGCAAAGAGGCCCGCGGGAUCGCUAUGACCGAUACUACACUUACGCCGAUGGAUCGAUACAACCUGCUGGAUGAAGUGGAUGAGACCGUCCGACUUGCUGUCAAGGAAGUGUUUACGAAUCCUGAGUCCUUGAAGCAACUGAGUGCAGGCUGGAUCGGGGACUGCGUUGUGGCUCUUCACCGAGAGUACCUACCCGUUGCGCGCGAAUUCUACGCCGAAGGUUGCCGGGGGCCUAACCGCGCGAAAGUCUUUAUCGAGUUUCGUGGAAUGAGUGCUGCAAUUCUCACGGCGGUAUCGCUGCUCAUGAUUACUGACAAGGCGGCGUGUCUCGCACAUCCGCUGUAUGAAGAACAUCCCAUGGCCUUCGACGCGUCGCAGCUGGAGCACCUUUUUCUCUCAUCCCUGCAUCAAAAGACGCAGCUUCGUCGUCUCGAAAUCUACAUCCAGCAGCGGAAAAACAAGGCGGUCAGGGGCCUUCCGCCAGCAGGGUGUCAGGAAAAAUUUACGCUAAACAGCUUCGCCGUCCGCUUCGCGCAACAAAGCGACGACAUUGUCAAGGUGCAUGACGCGAUCCAAUCGGCGUGCGACAUCAAGGCAGAAGCCAAGCGUGCAGAAUUCGAUCGGUUGUGGGCAGAGUGGACCAUCGCGACUGACAAGCUGGAAGCGCACAGAGUCUGCAGCUGCCAGAAAGACACAGUGUAUGAUCGCCGCAAAGGGCGCAACGUGGUAAAGGUGGUGCAGCAAUGUGAGAAGCACAAGGCCCAGAAUAAGCGAAACGGGCUGCGAAUGUCACCCUACGUCCGCAUCCUGCCGAAGGAAGUUCCGGCUCAGUGGGCUGUCUUGUUCGAGCUGAUGAAGCCAGACAUAUUGCACUACGCCGACACAAUGUGGCUCGACUUCGCGCUCGCCUUGUUACCGGACCUGAAGUCGAAUUCCAUCAUCGCAGAUUUCGAUGGCAAGGUAGUGCCGUGGGCUGAGGAGAGUCGGGUUGUGAACGCAAUCGAGCUCGCCGGCGGUGACCUCUCCAUCAUCGCUCACGACGAAAACACGACAUACGAUUUUGUUGGGCACUCGCGGCCAGCGGAAAAGCAGCAGCGUGUUGACAAUUUUGAAAACAGCAAGGGCGUCAAGCACAACUCUAUGGGCAUGCACUACAUCAACCGAAACGAGGCUUCCCAAGAGGAGGCGUUCGAGUGGCUUGAGCGCGGAUCCUGGAUCUGGGUGUUUAAACACUACUGCGAGCCACGCAUGAUUACUGCGCGGUACAAGUCAAUGCAGGGUUUCGUCGGGUUCUCGCAUACGGAAAACCAAGUCUUGGCGUUGCAGUCAGACGCCUAUGCCAGCAAUCGGUUGGGCGGUGCGGGGAGUAUUUCGCUUCGAGAGUUCCAAGACCUCGGCAAGAUGACUGCAGUUGCAGGGCUGCGUUUGGAGAAGCUCGCAGCGGCGUACCAGCAGGGUUGGUUGCAGUUUAACAGCCCCGACGUCGCGUCCUUCAUCAUGUCAGUGCUCUGGCAAGCGGGUCCGGUCCUUGCUGAAAACGAUGCUGCCGGUGUGGACCAACUCCCUGCUGUCCCUGGUGGUGACGCUGCCCAAAACCAAGCUCGUGCGCAGGCCGCGAGUUGGCGUCGCCUGAGUGGUCACCGGCUCGGAAUUGCCGGGGCAUCGCUCGCAGAGGAUCUCAUUCGUCAUGCGCAGGUGUCUCUCGCUGGCAUUCGCGAGAACUGGGACAAAAGUGUCGCGCUGUUGUCUCUCUCCCUGGUUUGCAAUCUCUUGGUGGAGCACCUAGCGAAGCCCGAGCACCGCGAUCGUGCUUGGUUUGUGAGUGUCGUCAAAUCGUCCACUGCAGCUGAUGGAUCGUCCUCCUCCGCCCCUGCGCCGGCAAUUCUCCAGGACCCGACGCUAGCAGCAGCUGUGGAUUUGCUCCGGGAGAUACGCAAUGUGGCUGAGAAGUGGUUGGAGAAGUUGCGUGAUGUUGCGGCAGACGUGACGAGCGAAGAGCACAUUCAAAACAUGCGGCGCAGAAUUGUCGAUGUUGCAACAAUCGGAUCGCUCUGUUUUGCUGCCGCGCCCUGUCUCACUUUGAAGGACGACAAGGACGUGCAACAAUGGCUGCUUUUCCGUGCGUCUUUGCAAGACCACCUGAGCAUCACCGACUGCACUCCUGCCGCCGGCUGGCGGCGAGUGCCGUUGCUGCUCGCGGAAAGUCACGCGCACCAGCUCCUUAUCUUCCUCGUCUUACGAUUCAAACUCACCGGGAUGGCCCGUCCGCUUGGCGACUUCCUUCGCUCCUACUGGACGGGCGACCAGUCAAACUGUGUGCAAGAGUGGGAAGAGCUCACGGCAUCGAAACCUACGGGAGCCUGGUACCGUGCGAAGUUUGGACCGUGCUGGAUCGACUUGAACGUGAUCGACGGUACGUUUCUGGUGAACGGGGCGCCGUGCAAACGCUUGCCGCGGGCGAUCGUGGAUCACCAGGUUUACCAGCGGCUCUUUGGCAAUGCGAUUUUUGCAGUCCAAAGUGUUGGUCGCGGGGUGUACAGUACCGCUGUGCAAAUCAAUGGCGCAUACUUUAUCUUCAAAGAAAACAAGGCGUCUGGAGUCCCCAUCAUACUGGAAAAACGAGAAAACUCCCCCUCGAUGAUCGACUUCGACGCCAUGGAGGACAGCCAGCGCAGUGGCCUUGCCAUCCUAGUGCCCCACCAAGUUUUUUUGCACAGCGCGGCCGGGCCAAACAAAGAUGGUCCAAGCCCGCUUCCGGGUGGUGCCAGUGGCAAAAAAGACAAGGGCCCUCUGAACGUUGCGGCCGGUUUAGAUUUGGGCCUCGACGAUAAAAGUCCGGGAUCCGACCGCAUGGAUGUAGAUUAUGAAGCUGUCGACGACUUCAUGCGUGUUGACAACGACGUUGGUGGAGCAAAGGGCGGAGGCGGUAAGGGUGCGCAAAUCAAGGCGGAAGCCGAUGACACUGGUUCCGACAUUCCUUUGCAGAAUAGCGAUGGCGAUGCGGAGGAUAAUGAGGAUGUGGGUAAUGCGAAUGGCAACGGGGCGGGCCUGAACCAGCACGAUGACCUUCCGCACGCUCUGAUACACGAAUACUCUCACUGGCUGAAAAAGGACAAUGACGGCCAUUGGGAAGUAGAGUUCCGGCCAAUUCGCUACAACGAUCCCAAGUUCGGCAUCGCCGCGCCCGAGUUUGUACUUCGAUACGCCGACCGUGUUGUGGUGGAUCCCCGCACCAACAUGUUUCUCCUCGAUCUCGGUUCCGCUGUGGUGUCUCACCUGGAUGCCGCACUCACGGGUCGACUGGAGCUGCGAAAGUUCGCUCAUGUGUUCAGCAGUUUGGGUGGGGCGCAGAAGGAAGGCGAGCCAGGCUGCAUAGCGGAAAUCCGUUUGCCGCGGCGGCAGAACCUUCGCUUUCAUGUGCUGGAGCGCGACGAAGCUGGUUCACCAAAUGUUAUCACUGCGCCGGACUUGGGUGGCAUGGUGGUCGCGAAGAACCAGUGCAUCGGUUACAACGGCGAAGAUACGCUUCGUGGAUUGCAGCACGGUUUGGUGCUAUCGAAGCAGAUCGCAGGGGCUGCACCAGAGCAGGACGAGCAGUCAGCUGACCUUGGAGACAACGCUGCUGCCGGGUCCAGCGACGCAGUGUUGCGAAAAGGACAGCAGGCAAAGCAGCCAUUGCAACUAUUGCCGAGCGUAAACCUUUUGCCGGGUGGAAAGCACAAAAUGGAGCAGAAUCUUCAGGGUGGCCCAGACGCUCAGCCACCGGCGCUGGAGAUGCGGACUUUGCUGGUCCCGCACGGCAGUGUGAGACGGCUGAAGAAGGGCGGCGUCGUCAUCGAUCUGAACGCCGUAAAGCGGCCUGCGUUCUUCCAGUACCCCAUUCGGGAGCAUCUCCGUGACUUGCAUCCCCAGCCGACCCGCAUGGCUUCGCUGUUUCUGGCGCUGUUGCACGCGUGCUGCGGGCGGCUGCUUCCCGACUCCUUCACACAAGUGACAGGAACGGAUCGCGCCAUGGAAAUUUAUCGAUCGGGCCGUGCUGGCGGGAACAUCACCAGCCGACUGGACGACGCCGACCUGCCGGAUCUUCUGACGGAGCUCGAGCUUCAGUUUGCCUUCCUGCUUCUGUCACCCGAGCGGCGCUGGGAACCCCAGGGUCAGCUGAUCGAGUACACGAACGCGUUUUCGUGGUCGCUGGAGCCGCUGUGUGCGCACCCCGGACUCGCUUGCUUGGCUAAGCGGCACGCGCUUGCAAUGCUGAGGGCGCUCUUUCUGGCCGGCAAGCUGGAUAAGUUCCUCGAUGCCCUGCGCCUGGCGGAUCGCGACAUGGUGGAAUUGUGGCGGGACCAGGUGCGAAAGCGCUUCGGGAUCUUGAACCUCCGCGGAGCACUAAUGUCCCUCGAGUCACAGUCGACAAUCGCGCAGCUGACAAGAGGUGAGAUUGUCGAGGGAUUCAGCUCGGAAACGUCUGAGAGCCUGGCGGCGUACCUCGCCGGCGACGUCUUGGAUGCACAGACCACGGGGAAGAAAGAUCCGAACAAAAAAGACAGUAAGAAACAGGAGGACGACGAUCAGGAUCUCCCUGGCAGCGACGACGAGGACGAGGAAGAUGAACUACUUGGUUCCCCUGAUGCAGCAGACGCUCUUAUCGUACGUCCGCAAGCUGCUGGUAAGCGUCGAAUGAAGAUGAAAAACAAGAUGCAAGGAAAGCGCCAGAAGGGUGGGCGACCGCCUGCGGUUGCGGUGCUGGUGCACCAAGACUUCGAUGCGAAAGAGCUGACAAUACAGUGGCUCGCCGGUGAAAUGGUACAUGUCUUUGACGAUGCCGAAGAGCUGUUUUCGUCGGACACGCUGGAUGGGUUGCGAUUAAUGGGCGAGCUUGGACUCCAUCGCUCUCCAGCCUGGAGAAACGCUGAAACCAAAGCGCGGCUGCAAACCUCUCUUGUGGAUGAGCUGACACGAGUUGGAACCGCAGUCGAUUAUCUAAAGGGAAAGUCCAACUUCACACUCACCCUGCAAAAAGACGCCUGCAAUCUUGCGAGUACAGUCCGUGACAUGCUGAAGGCACCGGAUGGCACGCAACUCAACUUCUUGGACCACUUCUGCGAUUUGUACAAGCAUUGCUCCCUCGGCUACGCUCACACCCAGACCCCGUGGUUGCGGACAACGUUUUUCCUGUCGCGGCUAUUUUUGGUGUAUCCAGAUGCCUUACCCUUUCUUUUGCAAUUGCAGUUCGUGCAGCGCGAGAAGGCCGUUUUUGACAGGAUACCAGUUCCGGGGCACACGCAGUACAUUCACCCGCACGAGCAUGGCUUCACAUUGCAGCGAGUGCGCGAGGUCUUCGACGAUAGUGCGUGCGUAUUUGACCACCAGCUCGGCAACUAUGUCGACGAAUUUCAGGAAGCAGAGCAGCGGGAGCGGCAUGACAAAAAGAAAAAGGAGGCUUGGGAAUGGAUCAGUACGUAUUGCGCGCAGCAGUACAGCGAGUCGAAGAACUUCGAGGCAGUCUCAGUUCCAAACGAGGUCGCUGCGGCAUUGACCAGCGUGGUUGCCUUCGAGAAUCGCGUGAAUGCCUUGUUUCGAGACUGGAGGAAAAGCGACCAGCUUCACAAGUGGCUCAGCAAUAUUGUGACUCUUGUGAAGUCAGUUAUCGCCACGUAUUCGCAAGGGAACGACGCUGGCUUGACAGCAUUAGCAGAGCGGCGGAAAGACGAGAUGCAGACCGCGCUCAGGGUGCACUCUUCGGCUGCUUCUGCUGGGGGAGAUUCUCAAGUUCCCAGGCCGCCAUUUGUUUUUCAAGAGUGGCUGCGCGAAAAGCUCUUAGCGCAAGCGGGAAGGGAAGUCAAGAGGGGCGGGAAAUCGGGACCGGUAAGGGUUGACAAAAAGGGUGCAUCUGCCCAAGCUGCGUUGCUUUUGGAGCCAGAAACUGUCGAUGCAAACACUGCCGCUGCAAAUAUGUGGCGUGUGAAAUCCACGAGGGAAAGCUUUCGCGAGUUCUGCCGCCAAUACGAGGCGGCGAAACCAGAGCCGGCUGCAAAGCGCAAUCGGACGGCAAAGGGUGCGGAUGAAGAAACCGCUCGCGACACCACAAAGCCAAAUAGGUUGCUUGAGGCGACUCCGGACAUGAGUCUGCCUAAUAUCGUCGAUGGCAGGGAGUACACAGAAGUUGCCGAGCGGCUGCGCAGCGAGCUGGCGGAAAGUUGGCAGCUCGCGUGCAACGAGAAAGUCAUAACGGCGCACAACGCAAAACUGAGCGCCACGCAGCUUCUUGAGACCAAACUUUGGCUGAAAGAACAGCGCCGGCUAGUGGGAAAGGAGAUGCGAGCCGCGUGGAACAAGAUGCAAGCCUACUGUGGAUUUUCUGCCGACCCGAAUGUGAUAUUGCUAGAGGACGCUGAUCUUGGACACCUCUACGACACCGGUUUCGCGACAAUCCUGACCCCAACUUCCGUGCUGAAGCAGUGGUGCCGGCAGAGUGCUGGAUUCGACACUGCUAGCAACAUGGCGUGCCACCUACCGCAGGUGCUGGCCAAUCUGGUUUUGGCGUUCGCCCUGGAGCUCCGGAACAUCCAGCGCGUGGACCGCUUGAUCAGAUUCGUCGACGCCGCAGACUGGCGCAAACUUAAGCAGGAGCUUGGCACGUGGGGCUGCGAAGGGUGGUCGCCUUUGGAAUACCCCGAAUUCCUGGCCUUCGAACUCGAUUCGGACCUCCUGAUCUGGCGAUCGCAGGCCGAGGUCGCGCAGGAAUUUUUGACCGCGACGUCCAAUAGGCUGCUCCAGCAGAACAUGGGGGAAGGCAAAACGGCAGUCACGUUGCCCUUGGUUCUCGCCGCAUCAGCUCGCGGAACCAAAUUAGUCCGAGCAACUGUCCUCACCCAUCUGUUUGUCACCAACCUCGCGGACUGGCAGUGGAAACUGGGCGGAAUAUUGGACAGGAAAAUACAGCCCCAGUUGUGCCGUCGGGAUUUGGUGAUUACCCAGAGAGAAGCGCAGAUGCGGCUGGAUGACUUGCAGGAGUCGCAAAAGUUGGGCGACAUUAUCGUGACCGGGCCGGAGCACCGUUUGUCGCUUGAGAACAAGGCAAUCGAGCUCGCAGCGUCAGAAUCGCAAAAGCGGGACGUGGGCGCCAGCCGGGUUCUGUUUUCGUUGCUCCAGUACCAUCGCGACGUCGGCUUUGAGUGUUUGGACGAGUGCGACGAACUUCUGAACCCGAAGCAUCAGUUAAUUUACACCUUGGGCGAAGCCGAAGACAUGGCUGGCGGGCGGUUUCGCUGGGUCGCUGCGAGCACAGUGCUGCGGGCCGCUUCGAAAGUUGCGGGCAAGCUGUUGGCGGAGUUCGGUCCCGACGUAGUGGACUUCAAACCACACGCGAACACCUGCGAGUACUCUCCGCUUGGUCUGCUCGAUCACCCGAAGCAGCGGGCAGCGUUCGAAAAGUUGAAGCUGCUUGUCCUGUUUGAAGUAGCGAAGAACUACGAAGCGCAGAUGACCUCGGACCAAAGCAAAUGGUUUAGAAAUGCAUCGCUCGCGGAAGACGGGGAUCAAUACCUGGCGAACUUGUCGGAUUCGCACAAAGACACGGCCUUGAUCCUACGGGGCUUGUUGACAUACGAAGUGCUCCUCGCAGUCCUCGGCAAAAGAUACAGAGUCAACUUUGGCGCCCACCCGACGAGAAAGUAUAAAAGCUUGUUGGUGUUUAGACAUCUGCAGGCUGUCUUAGUUUUCUGUUUUUACCUUUGGCUCGUCCUGCCGCAGCCUCCAGGUACAAGGGGAAUGGCACGUUAGAAGUGACAAUCGAUCUAGAGGCAGUUGCACUAUUCUUUCUACUAACUUUCAUGUUCCUCAAUUUUAAUCAGGGGUCUGCAAAUGGCAGUGCCAUAUUUGGCGAAGGACGUCGCCAACGAGAGAACCGAGUUUGCACAUCCAGAUAUCGCGCUCAUGUUGACUUACUCGACCUAUUACCAGUCUGGGCUGUCGCCGAUGCAGUUGAAGGACGCUCUGACAAAGUUGCAGACGCUUUCCGACAGCCAAGCCCGCAGCAUUUACCAGGACUGGACGAGAGACGCGGAAACUGUCGGCGAAGGCCUGAAAUCGUAUGACUCGCUAAACCUGGACGACCAGCAUUGGUUCAUGAAAGAACUCUACCCAGCUUUGCAGCGCCAUGUCAAGGUGAUUGAUUUCUGGCUCACAAGUCUCGUCUACCCUUCGCAGGCUCGCCAAUACGGUUUGAAAUUGGUAGCAACUGCGUGGGACCUGGCUCGGGGUCCGGACACAGGUUGCGACGCUGUCACGGUUGGCUUCUCAGGUAUAAACAUAAUAAAUUGGAUUUGGAUUCAUUGAGGGCUGCUGUUUCUUCUUUGUGUGGUCCUGGUUUUUCAUCGGUACUUGUUGUUUUUCGUUGUUGCGAGCCGGCGCCAUAGUGCAUAGUGCGGCGUUGCGUCAAAUUCUAAAUUUUGCGGAAAAUCAAAAUAAGUAAAAACUUUCUUUUCCAGGCACCGACGAUUUAAAGCCAGUGCUGCCGGCUACGGUGCAACAAAAAAACUUGCCAUCGUUGAGCUCGACGAACGGGCACCAGUUGCGGAGGCUGCUGCGUCCGGAGAACGACGAAUACCUAGCUCUGCGGGACGAGAACACCGCGGCCGAGAUCGUGCAGAUUCUCAGCGAGCGCCAAGACAUCUCAGUGGUUUUGGAUCCGGGCGCGCUCGUGUUGCAGCUCUCCAACCGUGAAUUUUGCCGGAGGUGGCUGCAGAAAAGGCCGGACGCCCUGGCUGCGGUUUUUUUCGACGAGGGCAACGCGAUCCAGGUCAUUCUGCAGGGAGCUAAGCCGGACGAGGAGGCAAUUCCCUUUGCGCUCUCCAGCUUCAGCAAAGACAUGACAAACUGCUUGCUGUACUUGGACGACAACCACACGAGAGGCAGCGACUUCCCCCUCGGGCCAACCUGUCGGGGUUUGCUUACAUUAGGCAAAGGGCUCUGCAAGGACAAAUUUUUGCAGGCCUGCAACAGGUUGCGACAGAUCGGCAUGGGGCAGUCUUUAACGUUCGUGGCCAGCCCAGAAGUCCAUCGGCGACUGCAACAAAUCCGCACGGAGGGGCUAACAAGCUUCGCCCCGAAGGCCGAGGCAGAAGAGAAAGCGCCGUCUCCAAAGUCAUCCGGUAGUGCGACGCCAAAGGCGAAGGCAAAAGCCAAGGCCAAGGCAGCCGCGGCAAAAGCUAAGGCGAAAGCUAAAGCCGCGGCGCCAAAGGCAAAAGCAGCCACUACCGUCAUGAAGAAGGCCCCCCAGCCUGCAGCGAAGAAGGGCGGCAAGCAGGCGGCUUCGAAGGAGGACGACGAUGCAGAGGCGAAGCUCAGAAAGGAAAUCGCUGCGCUGGAACAACUGCGGGAUAUGGGCAUAGCGCUGAGUGCGCACCAAGAGCAUCAGCUGCUGGAGAAGAAGGAAGAUCUCGCAUGCCUGCUUCGCGGGGAGUCUGGGGAUGUAGUAAGUCCGAUCGGCAAGAGUCCCUCUGCGGCGGCUGCAGCAUUUAAAAAGCCUGAAGAGAUGAAUGACGCAGCAGCAGGGGCGCAGAACCAGCAGCAGUCCUCUUCGUCAUCCACUUCUAACAACGCAAUUAAUGGCCUGCACAACAUUCCGGUCAUCCUGAGCUGGACGCUUCGCAACACGGCUGCGCGCAUCUGUGACUUGCUGCCGUACUUCGCUUCGCAAGCGCGCAACUGCUUGCAGAAGACUGAGGCUGCAACGAAGUACAAGAUUGCGGACGAAGUAAUAAAGAUUCGCGACUUCGCUGGCGACGGAUUCGAGGACGCAAAGGCUGAAAAAGCGUUGCUACACGAGACAUUGACGGAUUUUGCGAACGCAUGCGUUGAGGACGAGACUCUCGCGCUGCAGGAUUUGUACGGGCAUGCGAGGAAACAGCAGACUUUGCCGGCGAUCGUGCGUCAAAAGCUAAACAUCUUUUUGAAGAAAAAGGGCAAAGCCAGCAGCGGCGCCUUCGCGCGAAAAAUCGCCGAGGAAGUCGACAGCUUGGUUCCCAGCGUUACGCGCUUUGCUUCGAUGUUUGACGAGGAGCAAGAAAAGGAACUGGAAGCAGAACUUGAGGAAGAAUGCCAGGUGCAGCGCCCCCCCGCCGCGGAAGCGGCCGCGACCUUCAUUUCCGACAACUUGAAGCGCGUUGCGACGUACGUCAAACAAGACAAGAUUUGCCCCUUCUUCGACGGGUUGUUCAAGCCGUUGGAGAAAAUUUUGAGCGACACUGGUCUCGCCCUGACCUUUCCCGGGUUGCAGGACACGGUCUUCGUCACGCAGGCCUGGUUGCAGACCAUUACCGCCAACAAGGAGAGUAAGAAGGUGCUCGCGGCCUACCUGAAAAUGCCGGAUUUUCUGAUUCGCGUGCGGGUUCCGUCGCAGGGUACGCGGAACGGCAAGCAGGUGUACCUCGUGAUCUCUAACUUCGAGGCGGACGAACUGUUCGCGACUAGUGACAAGCUGAUUCUGUUCAGCCCUCUGGUGAGGCAAGACCAAAGUCCUGUUCUCGUGCGGGACCGCGCAAUACCGGGGACCGAAGAGGGGUCAACCACCGACAACGAGCCGCAAAGCAACCCGUUUCAGCUGGUGAUGAUAAAGAACGUAGCUCCGGCUCGGUCCACCGUGGACGACUUUGUGUUCGCAGCGUUGCAUGUGCUGGCGGGAUCUGUGUAUGCGGAUGGUGCGUUGAUGGAAAAAAUCGGAAAAUAUUUCGCAUUGAUCAGUCGGCAACACUCACAAUUUCGGGCAAUGCUGAAGGACCAGAACAUCGACCAAGAUGGGUUUGUGCUACCGGCCGGCAGCGCCCGGGAUUCUCUCGGAGUUUCCGCUUCGCCGUUUGAAAAAUCGAUGGUGAAGCCGCUGCGGAACUUCUUGGCCCAGGCCCGCCACUUGCAAGCGGAAAUGGCGACAAGUCCGCUCGGAAGGUUGCUGGGCUGCGACAGUCUGAAUACCGAUACUGUAGUUUAGUGGUACGAAGCAGGUUUGUUAUUCCGAAUAAUCGAUCGGUCAGUGUGAGAGCUACUAAAGACGAACUUUUGAAGAAAAAGAAAAAACGGUCCUGGUACAAGUAAGAAAACUGGAUAGGAAAAGGAGUAGAACUCUGGGAUAAAAUAAGUACUCAGGUAGCUACUGAGCGAAAUGAUAUGACGCGAACUUUUUUUGUUUUACUUUUACCUUACGAUAAGUGCUAGCAGUGCCAGUUAUAUGUGUGAUUUACAAAAGAGAUGAUGCGUGUGCCAGCGUUUUAUAAACUAAGUUUUUUUACGCAGAAACAAAUUCCGAAUUUCCGAGAACUAUGGUUUGACUAUCGAUCGCUGCGAAAUGCAAAUGGAAGAAUCACAGAUGAAUUAUAUGACGAGGCGACGAAAUACUUUUGGCGACAGUGAAAAUCAAACCUAUGAGUACGAGAACCUAGCAGAUUGGUCAGAAUUUUUCAGCGAUAAAGCACCACAUUCGAACAAGCGAAAAAUAACUGGAUUGAAGGCGGCACGUGUUAUCCUCGAACCUUUGCGUGUGAAAGUAUUGAUCGAAUUUUUGCUUCAUGCGGCGGCAGCGCAAAAGGAAAGCCAGG